GACUUCUGCUAUGCGGACGAUUCACAGGGCUGGUCGAUUUUCGAAGCCGUGAAUUUGUGCGUUACUGUCCAGGUCUACGCUCCUGAGUCCUAUCGGUCGCGACAAAUGAUGGAUUUACAUUACCUUACGCAUUACUAUUACGGUGAUUUGAAUGCUAUCUACAUCUGGAGUGGGAGAGUAGACGAUGUUCGGUCGGUCGUUUCCGGACAGUCGUCGCAUGGUUCCGCACCCGGAGGACCAUGCGUCAGCGGCAGCUCAGUAAAGCGCCUGGCUGAGCAGACGCCAAAGAUUCCAGAGUGGGCCAAUGCUCUCUCGGGAAUGAACCUGCCAGCGCAACCAACUGAGACCCAUGAUAGCGAGAAGGGAGUCUCCUUUCGACGACGACGUCCCAGGGGCUCAAUGGGCCUCAAGCGCAGUGCGUCCUCCAUUCUUAACAAACGCAACAAUCAGGAAGGUUUCGCCGCGACCACUGCCACCUCCUCGAAUCCCACACCUUCAGGCUGGCGAAAAUCAAGCGUGGAACCGCGGGAGGCCAUCCUACAGAUUGCCUCCGAAUUUCUGACUGUUGCAAACAUUCGUCUCACCGAGUUGGGUGAACGUCACCGCUUUUCCGACCUCCUCGAUGGUAAAGCCUACAUGAGACUCUCGGAACUGGCGCAGUCUAUUAUCAAACAAUUUCCUUAUAAUCCGAAUCUCCUCAAAAGUCAGGCUCUCCAGCGAUUUUUAACAGAAGUCCUGCCCAUUGUCGAGUGGGGACAUGAAUCCCUUCGUUCCUGCAAGGCCCUCGAAACCCUGGUUGGACGGCUCAGUCGGACACUUCCAAAAAUGUUGGAUACGCCCUCGAUUAGGAAACAAGUCAAAUGGGAUUGUGUAACGAAUAUUAUCAAAUCGCUAUAUAUGACAGCACAGCGAAAUCGUUCCGUGGCCCAACUAAAGGAAAUUAAGGUACGUUUGUGA